UGCAGCGAUAGGGGAAAGGGGUGUCUGGAGCAGGGACUGGGCACGGCUCCCAGCUAUAUACACCCUGUCCUGGCCAAGGUGCUGCAGGAGCUGCCAUGGAGCCACCAGCAGCCAGGGCUGUGCGGUGCCUGGUGCUGGCCCUGCUCUGCCUCCAGCUCGGGCAGGGGAUGGUGAGGAUCCCCCUGAGGAAAGGCAGGUCCAUGCGGGAGGUGAUGCGGGAGAAGGGGGUGCCGGAGCGUUUCCUGAUGGACCUCAGAGGGGACCCUGGUAGGAAAUACCAGCUCAGUAACGCUGUGGCUUAUGAACCGCUAGCGAACUACCUGGAUUCCUUCUAUUUCGGGGAGAUCAGCAUCGGGACCCCCCCGCAGCAUUUCCUGGUGCUCUUUGACACCGGCUCUGCCAACCUUUGGGUGCCCUCCACCUACUGCCAGACCCCAGCGUGCGUGGAUCAUGCCAGGUUCAACAGCAGCCUCUCAACCACCUUCUCGGGCAUCGGCGAGACCUAUACCCUGAGCUAUGGGUUUGGUGACCUGUCGGUGGUGUUGGGGUACGACACUGUGACAAUCCAGAACAUUGUCAUCAGCAACCAGGAGUUUGGCCUGAGCCUGGAUGAACCCACCAGACCCUUUUACUACCAGGACUUCGAUGGGAUUUUGGGCAUGGCUUACCCAGGCGUUGGCGUCCCUGGUUACAACACACUGAUGCAGAACAUGCUGCAGCAGAGCCAGCUCGCUGAGCCCAUCUUCAGCUUCUAUUACUCUCGCAACCCAUCAUAUAGUUAUGGCGGGGAAGUCAUCCUCGGAGGGGUUGACCCUCUGCUGUACUCAGGGGAGAUUUUAUGGGCUCCUGUGGUCCAAGAAUUGUACUGGCAGAUCAGAAUUGAGGAGUUCUCCAUGGGGCUCUCAGCCACCGGCUGGUGCAGCCAAGGCUGUCAGGGCAUUGUGGACACGGGGACGUUCCUGCUGACGGUGCCAGGACAAUUCCUGUCAGCAUUCCUGCAGGCGCUGGGUGCGGAGGAGAGCGACUACGGGUUCGUUGUCAACUGCAGCGACGUCCCGAGCCUGCCCACCCUUUACUUUGCCAUCAGUGGAGCCCAGUUACUGCUGCCUCCCUCUGUCUAUGUGUUAAACAAUGAUGGUUUCUGCACCAUUGGGGUGGAGAGCACGUACGUGUCCUCUGCCAGUGGGCAGCCUCUCUGGAUCCUCGGCAACCUCUUCCUCCGGCAGUAUUACUCCAUCUUUGACAUGGCCAACAACAGGGUUGGCUUUGCCCUGUCAGCUUAGGGAUGCUGAGCAUCACCCGGAGCAUAUCUGCCCCUGUGACAUUGUUCUCCCUCGGACCUAUGUGUGGUGAUGAGUAGCCUCCAAAUGUCCUGUACCGAAUAAAGAACUGCAAAGGUCACUGCCUUGUGUCUCAGCUGAGCAGGACCUGGCACAGCUCUUAAUAAAACAAAGUCUGAGAUGA